UUGGAUUACUAUAAAACGUGUUUAAUUCCAUAAGUCAGUUUAAGAGUUGUGUUUGUCAGGGUCGAGUAGGUGUAUAUUGAAGAAAACACACUAGUGGUGUCAGUCGUAAAAUUGAAAGAAGAGCACAUGUCAGUCAAACUGUUACUAUUGUUUAUAAUAGGAAGUGGUUGAUAGCGACAUAGAUGUAUGAGGUAGUGAAGAAAAUUUGAAAUCUGAUAUUUGGAAUUAUUUUUUUAAAAGGCUUAUAACAGUUACCUAACACAAGUUGUGCAACUUAUAUUUCAGCUUCUGUUUGAAAGGUGUGAUUGCGUGAAGACGUUCAUUACGAUGUUUUAGGACUGUCAAAAAUAUCUGGGAGAAGGAAUAUUACCUGUAUUGUGAUAUCUGUUUCACAAGUAACUCGAAUGGUACAUAGUAACUGGACUUGAACAUGUAAUAUGAAGAACGAAACAUGUCGAUGGAUUGUGUAAGCUUAUUGCUUUUUGUGUAAAUCAUCACAGAAAUGUCGACCUUUGGACGACUUAAAAUGAUUUGGAAACUAUACCUAACUUUGUUGUUUUUUACGAUUUUGACAUCCUUAAGUACCGUGGAAACCCGCGAAGAUAUCAAAAUCGGCGUCAUACUUCCUAUGAGUACAGAAGAUUUAUGGAUUUUACCUAAAACAAGCCCAGCCAUAGACAUUGCCGUUAAAAAGGUGAUGAAAAAUGAAAACCUAUUGCGAGGUCGUAAAAUACUAGUAACAUAUGAAGAUUCUAAAUGUGAUGAGACAGAAGGUCCAUUAAGAGCUAUAGACAUGUAUGUUAAGAAAUCUGCUCAUGUAUUCCUUGGUCCAGCAUGUAAUUAUGCGGUGGCUCCCGUAGCCCGAUUUUCGUAUAGUUGGAAUAUUCCUGUCAUAAGCGCUGGUGCUCUCGUCAGUGCCUUUGAAGACAAAUCAGAAUACAAACUUUUAACACGUAUUAUGGGCUCUUAUGCCAAAUUAGGACAUUUUGUGGAAGAAGCAUUUGAUAUGUUUGAUUGGUCUGUGGUUGGAUUAUUGUAUAGCAGCAAGAAAGGACCGAACGAUGGACGAUCUUCGUGUUAUUUUGCCGUGGAACCCCUCUUUCACGCCAUGACCCGAAAGACAAAUCAGAAACCGUGGCACGAAAGCUUCGACGAAGAGGACAAAAAAUUACUGGAUUACGGAAAGCUUCUAACGAAAGCUUCAAAACACACACGAAGAAGAAGACCACUAACUACUAUUUACUGUAUUGGUAAGUGCAGGGGGACUGCACCACACAAAAUUUACACAAAAACAAUUACACGGACAGGGCAUCAUACUCAGGAAAGCACAAACAUACAGACAAUUCAAACAAGUGAAUGGAUCCGGGGGCUAGCCGUAAGCGUCCACUGCGCUGUAUACAGUUCCGGGUCUGUAGUGACACAGACUUCACUCAAAUUUGAAAACAACUAGGAAUACAACCCAAAGAACCCAUUGUAUAAUGCAAGCAUGAGUCACGAUCUGCUAUAUGCUACACGAAAUACGAAUGUAAGCACAUGUAGUAAAAUUCAACUAUACAAGUAACCACACCAGUGAAAUGUAUAAAUAGGUAGUCUAAACUCUAAAUUCAAUCAAGAAACGCUUCAGUAUUCAAUACAUAUAGGGUACAUGUUCCAUCGUCACAAAAACAAAACUGAAUACAAAGAAGCAAAUAGGAAAUAUCCGUAUUACUGUUUACCUGUAACUGUUUACCUAGUCUAUGUUUUAACAGAAAUAACCAUUUAGAUCGGCAAAGGUAAUACUAUCGACAAGUGCAUAGAUUUAUUCUACUAGAAGUAAUUAAAUACACCUGGGCAUAAUUCAACCCUAUUAAUAAUUUGCUGUGAGUGACAGAUCUGUGAAUUAACAGCUUGUAGUCAAAUAUCAACUGACUCAAAUUUCAGCUCUUUACAGAUCAUCAGGGUUUUCAAUAGAUUUUAAAGCUUAGGUAUUCUCUUUUAUAACUAAAGAAGAAAAAAUCAAAUUUUCCUUGUGGUCGAUAUAUGAACUGUAUGAUAAGCAACAGUUAACAAGUUUUUAUGGCUACUCAUUUAUAUUUAAUAAGACCAUGGACUUUCAUGUAUCUUUACUGCUGUCUUUAUUCUGUAUAACCACGAUUCAUUGAGAACAUUAAUCGUUUAUGAAAGGUAUAAACGAUAUAACACAAUGGUUAUCAAUAAUUGAAAG